AUGUCUAUCAUUCAGCAACACACCUCGGCGUCGCUCGGCGACCAAUGGCGCACCAUCAACAUCGACGCCCUCGAGGAGGACUCGCCCUACAACUUUGACACCUCGACUCUGCACCCUCCGCAACCCGAGGUCAGCGAGGCAGAGGUCCGUGGACUCGCGGGGCAGGUCCGCCAGCUCCUCCGCGGCGGCGACCCCGAGGGCGCACUGCGCGGCUGCCUUGAGUUCCCCGUCUACAACGGCCCCGACGCCGCCAAGGACGCCCACCUCCAGACCAUCACCGAAGUUCUCCAGUCCAUCAAGGCGUCGGAGAUGACCCCGCUCCUCAAGAGCAUCUACGGCUCGCCCGGCGGCGCCGAGCUCCUCGACGUGCUGAUGAAGUACAUCUACAAGGGCAUGGGCGCCGCGGCGCCGCCGGUCAGGUCGGCGGGCAGCAGCGCCGUGACGCCGCAGGCGACGGGGUUCAGCCAGAUUGGCGGCGGGCGGCCCGGCGCCGCGAACGAGAGCGUCGGUGCCGCCAUGAGCGUGCUGCUGAGCUGGCAUGAGAAGGUCGUUGAUGUGGCGGGACUCGGCAGCAUUGGCAGGACCAUGACGGAUUGGAGGCGGGUGUAG